UGUGUCGAACCUCAGCUCCCGGAUCCUCUAGCGGCGGCGUCGGGGGUGGGGGGCUCUGUCCGCAGACGGUCAAACUGAGGGCCCCCCCACAGGGAGGGACAGGGGCCCGCCUGCGGUCCGCGGCCGAGCCGGAGCUGGCGCCCGGGCCCCGAGCCCCGGGCGGUGCCCUCAACCCGUCCCGCCCUCCCUGCCGCCUCGGGGGCCCCACUGCGCACCGCGGGGGCCACCUAGCAGCCUCGGCCCGGCUGGGCGCUCCGGGGCCUGCGCUCCGCUGGCUUCUGCGUAACCGAACUUCCUGCCCCGGCCCGGCAGGGGCUGCUGUGGCUCUCCGCGGACUUCGCCGACCCGGAGCCUGGCUCCUGGUAACUUGAUCUGAAGCAACACGAGCCCACAGGCGGUUUUGUGAGUUGCUCCCCCCAGAGCACCGGAGUGUGGAGGAGUCACUGCAGAUGCGAGUGUCCUUGGAGCAGAUCCUCAGCCUUCCAGAGCUCAAGGCCAACCCCUUCAAGGAGCGAAUCUGCAGGGUCUUCUCCACAUCCCCAGCCAGGGACAGCCUGAGUUUCGAGGACUUCCUGGACCUCCUCAGUGUGUUCAGUGACACAGCGACUCCAGACAUCAAGUCCCACUAUGCCUUCCGCAUCUUCGACUUUGAUGAUGAUGGAACCUUGAACCGGGAAGACCUGAGUCACCUCGUGAACUGCCUCACGGGACAGGGUGAGGACACACGUCUUAGUGCUUCAGAGAUGAAACAGCUCAUUGACAACAUCCUGGAAGAGUCCGACAUUGAUAGGGAUGGCACCAUCAACCUCUCAGAGUUUCAGCACGUCAUCUCCCGUUCACCGGACUUCGCCAGCAGAAAACCUGACCCGCUCUUCUCCUGUUCAGCUCCUUUAAGAUUGUCCUGUGACAGGAGCCACAGCGUGUGUCCCAGCAAGCACCCCGUCAGAGAGCCUUUCCACUGCUGAGCUGUGGCCAAGGUCAUGCCUGUGUUGCCAGGGCCGGCCACGCUGGCCUAGCCGAGCUGGCGCCGUGCGGUCCUGCUCCGGGCGGGGAAGGCCCUCCGGACAAGGGCCUCUCCCCUUCUGUCAUGGUCAUCGCUCCCCCGUGUGUUUGUGUUCUACUAAUCUAUAAUAAAGGUUUAGACGUUUUGACCCUUUGCGUGAUACUAGAAACAUUGGUAUGAGGAAGGACUGGACUUCCAGAAGCCUUCGGUCAUACCGGAAAGAACAGGAUCUAAAGAGCCAGCAGGAAGUCAGACUGUAGCCUACCCGGCCCACCGCCCACCGCGCACGAGGCUGUGAGCAGGAAGGGGCAGCCUGAUAGAUGGAACUCCUCCAUAUGCUGAUGCUGGUGCUGCUUACAGAAUUUCCACACAUGUAAAAAUUUAUAGACAACCGUGUGCCAAAAGAAAAACCAACCGCCAAUUUCACCGUAUGAUCAUUUAAAAAAAUAAACGUUUUUUAAAUUAAAAAAAACAAAA